CAGUCGCUUUAGUUUCUAUUAUUUGCAUUCAAUCGCAGUAGCUUAGCUCACCACAAAGUUUUGGUAGAAAAAAGUAUCCUCUUCAUCAAGGAAAGAAAAUUCUUAAUGCGAUCUGUCAUUGGCUAUUGUUGAGAAAUUCACGCAGCAAGCCAUGGCUCAACCACCACGACGCAAAAGGAUGUACGAAUGUCAAAUUUAUGGGGAACCCCAGGCUCUGCCCCAAAAUGUUCUACCAACAAUAGAGCAAACAAUGAAAUACUACAAAUACGUUGAAAAUGAAAUGAACGGCUGGCCACUCGAGAAAAAGGAUCCAUCCUCAAAGGAAAUUUCCAUGAAGGUUGCCACAAAAGUUGAGGAACUUUGGAAUCAACUUCAAAUUCCCAUCAUUACAACUCACUCAAUCUCCAGGAAAAUUCUACGACACAGACAAGCAUGCAACAAGGUGAAGAAGAGUUUGCAUAGUAGCUUAGCUGCAGUGGAAAAGCGAGAAAAUCUGCGUGUGGCAGGUCAGAAGCUAUUUGAUAUUGCUCAAAAGGAUGUUGAUAGUGGUGCUGAUGAUGUUGCAGAUCAAAUACUCUUCCUUCGUGAUCAACGCGAGCAGAGACUUCGUACAAUUGAUAGUGUAGCAGUGGAUCGUUUGAAAGCACCGAAGCAACCAGCACCAAAGAGAACAACAAGAAAGAGUAAACCCCUUCUGAGAAAGAGGAAUUCCCUUGUUGAACACAACUUACAGCCCCGAAAGCGACUAAAGAGAUACAAAUUGGAAGAUAGAGAUCCCGAUGAUAGUGCUGAACACAGUGAGGAAGGGGAAGAGAAAGAGAAUACUCGUGAUGUUGAUUGGAUACCAAAUUCCUCGUUAAAAUCAAGAAAUAGAAUAAAGAAGGAUUAGGAUGUUAAAGAGAGGUCAGUAAAAUGCAGAAGAAAAAAAAACUGGCGAGAAAAUCAUUUUUUAUGAUUUGAAGAAAUAAAAAUCUUUUCAGAAAUUAAACAAAUUAUUUUAAUUGACACCAGAGAUAAGCAAACUCACAAAUGAAAGGAUCUCAAAGAAAACAAAUUUCUUUUUUUUAUCAAUUCACCAGAACUUUAUUGAAAACUCUUCAUCGCUCCUCGAUAUAGCAGCAUUUUUUUUAGUGAAAUCCUUACAUUUCUAUCCUAUUAAAUUCAAUUAGAAAAAAGACACAAAUUCAAAAAAAAAAAAGAAAA